UGAAGACAAAAACUGGUGACGCACAAUGGCCAAAGAAUCCUAAAGUGUUAAGUUUUUUAAAAAUCUGGUUUGCUAUUCGUGCGUUACAUGUUUGUUUGCUGGUGUGUAUGAAAAUAAGCGCAGCUGCACCUUGUGCCUACAAAAAAGGGAGGCUAGCUGCUGGUCUGACUAUUUGCAGGUGUAACACUUUUACAACAAGUGGCCACCAGAAAAUCGAAAUGUUGUGGGGACACGCAGGGAAUUACCACGGUGCUGCCUUCGAACUGGUGGCGUGAAACUCACAUAUAAAAGAUUGAAUACAGGAGUGAAUAGUGCCCACACCAUGCUCACCGAGCAGAACCAUUAUGAUUAGCCAUUAGGGUUAUCAUGUUUACGCUUCUCUCUAGGUGUUUUGCCACACACGUUGUUUCUGGGGUAUCUGCACGUAAUACAUCCAUGGCGCAGCAGGCCACGUACUGUCUCUGAUAUAUGGCCUGUGUAUGUCUUGUGCUUUAGGUAGAUAGAUUUUCAUGACAUAUUUAAGAUAAAUAUAAACUCUGUCUGAUUAUACCUCUGCAUUAUGUAUAGCUCCUGCAUAUCUUAACAGUAGGUUGAUGAAAACUGAUUCAGACUGAGCUUCCAAUCAGGCGGAUUUGUAAUAACAAUCGAAUAUGAGUAGAAAUGACAUUCAACCAUUCUAAAUAUAUUGAUAAACAGCAUAAAAUUAUUCAGUUUUUCAAUGGUGCGUCUGAGCAUUUGGCUGGUUUUGGCAGUCGAACAACGCCAGCGUUGCUCACUUGAGCGCAAGAGACAGGCGGGACUGUUUGCAUUGAGAUGUUAAGUGGGUGUCUCUAUAUAAAUCCACUCAGGGUGACCUCCUUCAUUCGUGCGCCAGAGAGGGAAAGAGAUUAACUUCAAGGAAACCAGACAGACAGAAUGGUGGCAUCGACAGACUGCGCAGAAAAGUCCAAACCUGUUGUUGGAAACAAGGUGUCUAAACCACUCAUGGAAAAGAAACGAAGAGCUCGCAUAAACAAAUGUUUGGACCAGUUGAAAUCACUUCUGGAGAGCUACUACAGCACAAGUAUUCGAAAGCGCAAACUGGAAAAGGCCGAUAUCCUGGAGCUCACCGUGAAACAUCUAAGGAACCUCCAAAAGAUUCAGAGCUGCACCGCCAGUGCUUCCGAGUUUCCUGAUUACCAAACUGGCUUCCGCAGUUGCUUGGCGAACGUCAACCAAUACCUCAUGAUGGCAGACAACAUGAACGGGAGAGACCGCUGGAUGUUAUCGCAACUUUCCAGUAAACUCUGCCGUUCCAGGGGGCGAGAGGAAAUCUUCAGCACCAUGGACAGCGGCCCGGGCCAAGCUGAGGCACAGGAGGAGGUGCGGAGACUUCUUCCAUCUGCAGCUGGACCUGAGGAGAGGAAAUCAGCUACAUCUAAAGCUGUGAAACGCGACAGCGCAAUCCCACCUCUUUCCUUACCGAGUGAAGACGCACGGCAGCCAUCUGGAAACAAACAGGCUUCCCUUGCUGUGGCGCCCACACAAAACACUCAUGAAAAAAGUCCAAGUCACAAGAAGCUUCACUCCGUCAGUCACAGGAAUGAGGUUGCAAACACUGAGCAGCACAUGUGGCGGCCUUGGUAG